AUGGAGCAAGUACAACCGCAACAAGGCGACCUUAACUGGCGCCUCAGCGCUCAUCCGAUUACUCUCAUAUGCUUUUUGGCGUUUCGCAUCGGGGCGCUUCUGAUGUAUUUAUUCGGAGUGCUUUUUAUCAAGGACUUUAUCCUCGUCUUCAUCUUCACGCUCCUCCUCCUCUCCGCCGAUUUCUACUACCUCAAAAACAUCGCCGGUCGUCGCCUAGUCGGACUCCGUUGGUGGAACGAAGUAAACGUCUCGACCGGUGAUUCGCACAUGGUCUUCGAAUCGUCCGACCCCAACACCCGCACCAUUGCUGCCACGGAUAAGCGGUUCUUCUGGCUCAGUCUGUAUGUGGCGCCUACCCUAUGGGUAGGAUUGGCAAUUCUGGCGAUUAUCAAGUUGAGCAGUGUCAUUUGGCUCAGUCUAGUGGCGAUUGCUCUGGUUUUGACGAUUACAAACACCGUUGCGUUCUCCCGUUGCGAUCGGUUCAGCCAGGCUUCGACGUAUGCUACUAGCGCUUUUGGAGGAUCGAUUGUGAAUAAUUUGGCCGGGGGUCUGCUGGGCAGACUCUUCAAAUAA